CAAUCUACAACAUAUCCAACUUUCAGAGAACGUAUUGAAUCAGAAAAAUUCAACACUCGCCGGAAAAUUCGCCGGAAAAUCAUCGGGAAAGCCUAUCCUCGACAUAUACUGCGUACACGCAUCAAUGAAUCAUCACUAAGAAGGUGCGUAAUUUUUUUUGUAGUUUCGAACAAUUUUUCCGACGAUUUGAAACAAACAGACGGUGGGCCAAAAAUUUCCGGCGGCCGGAACCUGGCCGGGCCAAAAAUUCCAGCGGCCGGAACCAGGCUGAGCCGCAAGAUAUUUUCGGCUCAGCCUGGCUCCGGCCGCCAGAAUUUUUCGGCCCGGCCAGGUUCCAGCCACCGGAAUUUUUCGGCCCGGCCAGGUUCCGGCCACCGGAAAUUUUCGGCCCACCGUCUGUUUUUGCAAUUUUUCGGAAAAAUUCGAUUUUAGGAGUUGAAUUUAGAUUUUAGGAGUUGAAUUUAGAGUUUAGGAGUUGAAUUUAGCGUGUAAGAAUUGAAUUUAGAGUUUAGGAGUUGAAUUUAGCGGUUAAGACUUGAAAUUAGCGUUUAGGUUCACAGGAAUAUUGAUGUAUUAUAUUGUAAUUGUAGGAAAAAUGUCAGAGUUGUUACCGGCCGAUCAUGAUUACACACAGGAAUUUGAGAAUGGGAUCCAUUAUGCAAGUGUGGAGUUAGCUGAGUUAGCUGCAAAAACAAUCGCUCAGCAGUGUGGGUUCUUUAUUAUUAGAGGAGAAUGGAAACCGAAUACUGCUGGACUACAUCCUGUUACUGCCCUCUGUAUGUAUUGCGACAGAAGUAGUAGGAUCGUUAAGUCUUAUAAACCAGACACUACGAAGGAGACGCGUGGGAAUAUUAGUUCGAAGGGUACUGGUUGCCAGUUUCAGAUAUGUAUAAAGGAAGUAUGGCAAAAGGAUGGUCCAAACACAUGGGUCAUAGUGGGAGUGACAAGUCGUGAAACCGGAGCUAAUAGAGGGUUUCACAACCAUGAAAAGGUGUUGUAUCCAGAACAUCACCGACACAACAAACAGUUUAGUGAGGCUGAAAAAGAGAGGUUAAAAUUAAUGAGGAAGGCGGGGGUGAGACCAAAUCAGCAGAAGACGACACUCAAUACUGAAGGGGGUGUGCAUCAUGAUAUCAAACAGAUGUACAACAUAAAUUCCAAGACAAGAUUGGAUGAGAUGGGUGAAAUGGAUGCGAUACAGUUUGCGCUUCACGGAGCUGAACAUCGUGGGUACCAUAUCUGUUUGCAAAAGGACUCUAAUAAUGUGCUCACUAAUCUGUUUUUUGCGCACCCGACGUCCAUUCAGAUGUUGCAUGCAUGGCCGUACGUCAUCCUCAUUGACUCGACCUACAAGACCAACAGGUACGGCUGGCCAUGGGUUGAGAUUAUUGGGGUUACUCCAGUGAAGAAGAAUUUCAACAUUGCAUGUGCAAUUAUUAAGCAGGAAACAAAGGAAACAUAUGAGUGGCUGUUGCGAUGUAUUAAAGGGUUGCUCGGUGAUACGGUUCCGAAUGUCAUUGUGACAGACAAAGAAGGUGGUUUGCUUGCUUCUAUUCCUGUGGUCUUCCCUCUCCCACAUACUGUCCACCUACUAUGUUUAUGGCACGUCAACAACUGUGUGAAGCAAAAGUUUGAAGUGUUACUUGGUGGAAUUGCAAAAAGAGAGGUAGCACAAGCGGUAUGGAAGAAAUACUUCGACAAAGCUGCAUGGAGUUGGACUCAGGAGGGUUUUCUUCAAAAGAUUAAUGAGUUUGAGAGGGUCUGGACAGUGAAGAACAAAAAAAUGGUCGACUACGUGCGAGGUGAGUGGUUGCCUCAUCAGACAAUGUGGGCAAAGUGCUACACGAACCAUGUGUUUCAUCUUGGUAACACGAGCUCGAAUAGAGUUGAGUCAUCUCACUCUUCAUUCAAGACUUUCCUUGUGUCUGGUAGAGGAGCGAUCGACACUUGUUUUGCGAAGAACCACAACUACAUGGAACAUCAGUUUCUGGAAGUGGUGAAUGAACUGCACAAGUCACUGAACCGCAAUCUGAGUAGGGCAAUUGAGCCUCCGUGCACGUUUUUGAGGAGGGUCGUUAGUUCUGAGGCAAUCAAACUGAUGUUAGAUGGGGCGGCGGAGUUGAAGGACAGUUGUGCGUGUCAUUUUCAGAUGACACAUGGGCUCAAGUGUGCUUGCCAGAUUGUUCAAGCUAAGGAAGAAGGACGUCAAUUCUAUGCUCAAGAGUUGCAUGUAUUUUGGCGGACUUUGGAUUAUAAAAACCCCCCACGUCAACAACAAGUCAGUGAUGAAAUUGAGCUUCAACGAGAACACUUUAGGCGUCUUACUGUAGAGGUGGAAGAAAGAGGUCCUGAAGCAGUGAGACAAGCAAGAGAUGCCCUAUUCUAUGGGCUUCACCCAGCAGAGGACAAUGUGAGGGAACCGGAAGUGAAUGAGAAUCCGAGAGGACGGCCUCGAACAAGCACCAUGGCCGUGUGAAGUUGCACUAUGGCCGUGUGGAAAUGUGCGAGGCUUCACACGGCCAGGCUGGGUGAGCUACACGGCCGUGUGAAGUUGCACCC